UAAAACCGAUCAUUCGCAAAUCCUUUCCUUUUUCCAUGAUAUCUAGCAAUUUAGCAUCUUCCUUCGCCAUGGAGAAUUCAAAAAAUUUUGGCAUUCAGAAAGAAUUAGAACUCAAUGAAGGGUACCAAAAGACAUACAAAAAGAUGGAUGAACUGCUGCCCACUCUCCCUCGAAGUAAAGGCUGGUGGUUGGACCAGCUUCUUCGAUACCAAGCCUUCUGGUUAUCAAAUCACGGCAUCCGAGGAAGCAUGUUGAUCGAUGACCACUUCAACCCUCGUCCCACGGACAUCAUCGUCGCAACGUCCCCUAAAUGCGGCACCACGUGGCUACGAGCCCUUGUUUUCUCCAUUAUCAAUAGGAAUUCUUUUGAUUUCAAUAACCAUCCUUUGAGCAAGGCAAACCCACGAGACUUGGUCCACUUUCUCGAAGCACAUAUUCGCGGAGAUAGGUCAACUGUUUCCAUUGAUGGGCUUCUUUCACCUCGCCUUCUCUCAACUCACCUUCCUUACUCUUUGUUCCCGAAAUGCAUGACCGAUGAUGCCUCCUCAGCUUGUCGUUUCGUUUACAUCUGCCGAGACCCUAAAGAUGUUUUAGUCUCGAAGUGGCAUUUCGCUAACAAGUUGAGACCCAAAGAAUUGCCACCACUUCCACUAGAGGAAGCCUUUGAGUUGUUUUCCAACGGGGUAUCGCACUAUGGACCGUUUUGGGAUCACGUUUUGGGGUAUUGGAAAGCUAGUUUGGAGUGGCCAAAGAAGGUGUUGUGCUUGAAGUAUGAAGAUGUAAAGAAGGAGCCUUCAGGGUGUGUGAGGAAAGUGGCGGAGUUCUUGGGGGUACCCUUUUCACCGGAGGAAGAAAAGAAAGGGAUUGUGGAAGAAAUAGUGAAGUUGUGUAGUUUUGAGAGUUUGAGCAAUCAAGAUGUGAAUAAAAGUGACACCAGAAGUCGGGAAAAUCCUACGAGUAAUUCUGAUUUCUUUAGGAAAGGUGAAGUAGGAGAUUGGGUUAACCAUUUGUCACCCCAAAUGUCUGAGAUAUUGGAUAAGAUUACUGAACAAAAGUUUCAAGAUACUGGGUUUAGCUUUCAUUGACUCCCCAGUGGUAUGAUCAAGCUAUCCUCCAUGCCCAUUGUGUCGGUCCUCUAACAAUGUAGUGAGUUUUCUUUUUGAGAGCACAAUGUAUUUUAUUAUUGAACUCAAUAAUUAUUAAUUUCUCUA